AUGGUCUUUAUUCCUAUCAUACAUACUUAUUCAUUUUUCUCUCUCGCUUUCACUACUCCUCUCCGCCUACUCUCUCUAUGUCUCUCUGUCUGUCUCUCCAUUUUUUUUUCUAUACCUCCUUACUAUAAAGAAUUACGUUUUAUUUAUUCUUCCAAUGUUUCUUCUAUGUUUGUUUUUUCUCUCUUUCUAUCUUUCCCUUCCUAUCUGUCUCUUUAUCUUCCCCUCUCGCUUUUUAUUUCUACCUUUCUAUUGAUACUUUUUCUCUUCGUCUCUGAUUCUUUUUUCUUCUAUUUUUCUUCUUCUCUGUCUUUCUUUCUACCUUCUUUUUACUUUCUGACUCCUUCUAAUUUUAUUUUAUUUUUCUCUUUGUCUCUUUCUAUAUUUCUCUCAUAUUUCUUCUUUCUCUAUGUCACGAGGUCUGCCAGUCUUUAUAUUCUUUCUCUGUUUUCCUACGUUCUCACUUUUUCUCUCUUUUCUGACCGGUCUCGUCUCGUCACUUUCUAUCAUUCACAUUUCUUUCUUUCUUUCUUUCUUUCUUUCUUUCUUUCUUUUUCGCUGAUUCUUUCGUUUUUCAAUUUUUCUCUUUCUGUCUCUUUCUCUUUCUUUUACCUUUAUCUGUCUCUCCCUUUUCACUCAUAUGCUGUCCGUCCCGCUCCGCAGGGAAAACGAUUUGAUUUAAAUCGAUUUUUGUCUCUGGUUGAUUUCCGAUCAAAAAAAGAUAUACACUCACAUCAUAACAUCAGGCAAUGGACAACCUAUCUAUCUAUCUAUCUAUCUAUCUAUCUAUCUAUUAAAAUGUUAAUUGUAGAAAUCAAUACUCGUAAGGGUCAUGGAAUAGUCACAUGGGUAAUUUCAUAUCUAUCUAUCUAUCUAUCUAUCUAUCUAUCUAUCAGACUUUCAUUAUCUAUCUAUCUAUCUAUCUAUCUAUCUAUCUAUCUAUCUAUCUAUCUAUCUGUCUGUCUAUCGCAGUGUUUUCAUUAA